CGCCUCCGCCGCACCGUGUCCCCCUUCCCCUCCACCGCCCACUUCCGUUUCCGGUGCGGGCCGCGCGAGAGCGCAGAGGUGGGAGGCGGCGACGAGCCGGUUGAGGCCCUACUCUUGGCCUCACCACGAUGUGGCACGAGGCUCGGAAGCAUGAGCGGAAGCUUCGAGGCAUGAUGGUGGACUACAAGAAGAGGGCAGAGCGGCGGCGAGAGUACUAUGAGAAGAUCAAGAAGGACCCAGCCCAGUUCCUGCAGGUGCACGGUCGAGCUUGCAAGGUGCACCUGGACUCUGCAGUUGCCCUGGCUGCUGAGAGCCCCGUAAACAUGAUGCCCUGGCAGGGGGACACCAACAACAUGAUCGACCGCUUUGAUGUCCGCGCCCACCUGGACCACAUCCCCGACUACACCCCGCCGCUGCUCACCACCAUCUCCCCAGAGCAGGAGUCAGACGAGCGGAAGUGUAACUACGAGCGCUACCGAGGCCUGGUGCAGAACGACUUUGCUGGCAUCUCAGAGGAGCAGUGCCUGUACCAGAUCUACAUUGACGAGUUGUACGGAGGCCUCCAGAGACCGAGUGAGGACGAGAAGAAGAAGCUGGCAGAGAAGAAGGCUUCCAUCGGCUACACCUACGAGGACAGCACGGUGGCCGAGGUGGAGAAGGCGGCAGAGAAGCCGGAGGAGGAGGAGUCACCGGCCGAGGAGGAGAGCAACUCGGACGAAGAUGAGGUCAUCCCCGACAUCGACGUGGAGGUGGACGUGGAUGAACUGAACCAGGAGCAGGUGGCAGAUCUCAACAAACAGGCCACGACCUAUGGCAUGGCUGAUGGUGACUUCGUCAGGAUGCUCCGGAAAGACAAGGAGGAGGCAGAGGCCAUCAAACACGCCAAGGCCCUUGAGGAGGAGAAGGCCAUGUACUCGGGCCGUCGCUCCCGGCGCCAGCGGAGGGAGUUCCGGGAGAAGCGGCUGAGGGGCCGAAAGAUCAGCCCACCCAGCUAUGCCCGCCGAGACAGCCCCACCUACGACCCUUAUAAGCGGUCGCCCUCGGAAUCCAGCUCCGAAUCCCGCUCCCGCUCCCGCUCGCCGACCCCAGGCCGCGAGGAGAAGAUCACGUUCAUCACCAGUUUCGGGGGCAGCGACGAGGAGGCAGCUGCAGCCGCAGCUGCAGCAGCUGCAUCGGGGGCCCCAGGGAAGCCCCCCGCGCCUCCCCAGCCCGGCGGCCCCACACCGGGACGUAAUGCCAGCGCCCGCCGCCGCUCCUCCACCUCCUCCUCCUCCUCUUCCGCCUCGAGGACCUCCAGCUCCCGCUCCCGCUCCAGCUCCAGCUCCCGCUCCCGCCGCGGCGGGGGCUACUACCGCUCCGGCCGCCACGCCCGCUCCCGCUCCCGGUCCUGGUCGCGCUCUCGGUCCCGCUCCCGGCGCUACUCGAGGUCCCACAGCCGCAGCCGACGGCACUCGGGUGGGGGCUCCCGAGACGGACACCGCUACUCCCGUUCGCCUGCCCGGCGUGCUGGUUACGGGCCCCGGCGCAGAAGCAGGAGCCGCUCCCGCUCCGGAGACCGGUACAGGCGAGGCGGCCGGGGCCCCCGGCACCACAGCAGUAGCCGCAGCCGCAGCAGCUGGUCCCUCAGCCCAUCCCGAAGUCGCAGCCUGACUCGGAGCCGCAGCCCCAGCCAGAGCCGCAGUCGGAGUCAGAGUCGCAGCCGCAGCCGCAGCCACAGCCAGAGUCACUCGCCAUCGCCCCCAAGGGAGAAGCUGAGCAGGCCGGCGGCGUCCCCCGCUGUGGGCGAGAAGCUGAAAAAGACCGAACCUGCCGCUGGUAAAGAGACAGGAGCUGCCAAACCCAAGCUGACGCCGCAGGAGAAGCUGAAGCUGAGAAUGCAGAAGGCACUGAACAGGCAGUUCAAGGCAGAUAAGAAGGCAGCUCAGGAGAAGAUGAUCCAGCAGGAGCAUGAACGCCAGGAGCGGGAAGACGAGCUUCGAGCCAUGGCCCGCAAGAUCCGAAUGAAGGAGCGGGAACGCCGAGAGAAGGAGAGAGAAGAAUGGGAACGCCAGUACAGCCGGCAGAGCCGCUCGCCCUCCCCCCGUUACAGUCGAGAAUAUAGCUCUUCCCGAAGGCGCUCAAGAUCCAGAUCCCGAAGCCCCCAUUACCGACAUUAGGCAGAAGCUUAGGGGGCAGAGGGAUGGGGGCAGCAAGGGCUCAAGCUGUGAUGCUGCUGGUUUUAUCUCUAAUGAAAUAAAAUCACACGUUAUUUAAUUCCCUUCA